UCAGCCAUGUGCCGCGCGCCCGCCUCGUACUCGAGCGGCACCCAGACGCCCGCCUCGUCCGGCACCUGCUCGUACGCCGGCUCCGACUCGGGCUACGGCAGCUACAGCAGCGGCAGCAGCAACGCGAGUAGUGGCGGCAUGAGUAAGUCGGACGCCAGCCGCGUGCAGUCGAGUCAGACCAUCAGUGGUCUCUACGUCGGCGCUGGCUCGUUCGCUGCGCGUGCCCAGAGCGCCGGUGACCGCGCUGCAAAGGGUGGACGCAAGUGAGGUGAGUGAGCAAGCAGCGAGGAGAGAGAUGGUGCUGAUGGCGCACAGCCUCUCGCAGCCCUCCGCGCUUUGUCCACCGUCGGCAAACGAGCGCCCUGCUCUGCGCUCCAUCAAGCAGGUCACCGCACGUCAAGCCCACCUGCCUCACUCUCCCGUGUCUCGCGCCUGCCCCUCUGCGUCAAUGACACUGUGCUCUCUCCCUCUCUCUCAUCUUGCUGCGUGUGCUCUUGCUUGUGUGAAGGUGCUGU